AUGCUUGCUUUGUUACAUCUGUUUUUACUGAAUGCAAUAUUACAAUCAAAUAAAUCAGUAUCCUGUGAAAUAGUAGCACAAUCUAUCAUAUCUAAUGACUCAUGUAACACUUCAACUGGAAGCUGUUUUUGUGACGAGUUGUGUGUUAUGAAGAAGGACUGUUGUCAUGAUCACAAAACAUUCGUGCAGUAUACACAGUCAGUGCACUCUUCAAAAAUACCUCACUAUAAUUGCAUUCAUUCAGCUCGAACAUUUGCGGAUGAUGCUGACCUAAAAAAGCAGGGUGACUGGUUCCAAGCUGUUACACACUGUCCUCCUGGCACACAAAAAGGAAUUGCAAAUCGUUGCAUUAAGGCCAAAGAUUUAACCAUCAACUUUGAUGAUGUAACAGCUGAGCAGGAUCUGAAUGUUAGUAAAAAUCAGUCUAAAUUCAUUUCGAUUGAUUUGGCCUACCUUAGAUUUCGCAUAAGAACAGAAGAUAUUCGACUAAUGGCACCAGUAGUCUCUAAUGUUAAUGGCCGAGUGUAUGCCAAUAUUUACUGUGCUCAUUGUCACGGUGAGUUGGAUUCAGCUGUCCAAGGUCAAGCAGUUUUGCAGGAGCGUCUUCGGUCAUACAAUGUAUUUGUACGCUGUCGAACGUAUCAUGACACGGACAGAUUGUGUGUUGCUGAUACCCAACUAUCUCAAGGGUGGAGACGCCCAUGUGAAGGCAAAAAGUAUAUUCAACCUCAAAGUACGCAAAAUGUAUUCAGUUUAAGUGACUUCAAGUGGCAUCAGUUCCUAGUAAUACCACAAAAAUAUCUUGACUUUGCAUCUCUUGAUGACUAUUUAGUGAACGGUGGCAAAACUGUGAGCAUCAUUGAGUCUAUUUUCGAUAUACUCCAAUUGUUAGUGUGUAUCCUCUCAGCCCUAUGUUUGUGCGUAUUAAUUAUUGUUUAUGCGAAUACAAAAGAAUUACGAUGUCGUGUUUCCAGUCAGUUAGUUAUGGGAAUGGCAGUUUUUAUGCUCGGAUUAUUAUCAGUCUACCUGACACUGCCACUGCUGAUCAGUCAAAAAGGCAAUUCAGAUCAUGGGAACUGCCUUAUAGUUGCUGUAUUACUGCACUAUUUUUUUCUCGGAAGUUUCUCAUGGAUGUCAACACUUGGCUUGAGCCUACUCAACACAUUUGGAGGAAUUCACAUUUGUCGAUUAUGCUUCACCUAUUUCAAACUCAAGCUAACUCAAUGUGGAACAGGUCCAAAUUCUGUAAGCCAGAUGAUAUCUGACAGUAGUGUAAACGGUAUGAUGGUACGAACAAAUGUUCGAAAUCAUUCGAAGGAUAUUCAUAAGCGUACUGCACUUUCAUCAGUAUUUGCAAUAACUUUACCACUGUGUUUUGUCGUACCUGCACUCAUCUUGAAUGAAAUUUACCGCUACAAUCAGUGUUGGACAGGUGAUGAAAACGAUCGUCCUUCUUAUUUUACAUCGCCAGGGAAUGACAAAGAGCAACAGAACUGCACAGAAAUGUCAAGGCAGAUGAGAUACUACAAUCCAGGUUUUUGUUUUAUAGAGUCUGGUAUACGACCAUGGUUCACAGUACAUGGAGCAUUCAUUUUGUGGUUCUUUCUGCCAACAGCACUCAUGCUGGCCUUCAAUUCUGGUGUACUGCUACUUGUCAGUACAUACAUUUGGCUAUCAAAUCAGAACAAAACUCUUAAAUCCCUUAGUGAGGACACGGUUACCAGCGGAGAUUCGAAAUCAGCUAAAAAUUAUGAUAAAUAUAAUCGUAAUAUGAUUCGGAUAUGUAUGCAUUUAUCUAUCACUCUGGGUAUCGUAUGGAUAUUUCAGCUACUAGCAAGCCUAAUUCCUCAGCCAUCAAUUGUGAAUCGCAUUGCUGGUUUAAUUAGCAGUGGGCAGGGUGCGGCUCUAGGAUUUGUGUCACUUAUGAAUACUAAAACAGGAAAGUCACUUCUUAAUUGGACGAGUUUCUUUCACUCCACUCGUUCAAAUGUGAGGUCUAGCGACGUGAAAAGUGUUUCAUCCCCCUGCCAAUCUAGCGUGAAAGCUGCAAAUGAAACUGAUAUUCCAGUGGCGGAUGUGCGUUCAGUUAACUGCUGAUUACGUGUGGUGGCUUCAAAAUGCUAAAAAAUCCUUCUUUGAAAAAGUCGUCAGUACCAUUUCUUAGAGUGUAACGUAACCUUCCCAAUGCCGUAUUGUUUUGUGUUACUCAUCUUUAUAUCUCAAUAAAUUUCAUGUCACUUACAUCAAUUUUUGUUUUUUUCUUGCAACUUGAAAUCUAUAUACAUGUUUUUAUUAGCCAUAAAUUGUAAAAGUUAAUCAAAAAAAUCUGUUAUUUUGUGUUUUGUUUUUACUCAGUGUUUUUCAGCGUUAUCUUCAUUGUUUCGAUGAUUUUAAGUAUUUAAC